AUGCCUCCCAUCAACUGUUGUGUGCAGAGAUGUUGGAAAAGUACAACAAGUAAACAUAGAUUUCCGGAUCCACAAAAGUACGCGGAUCUUUUUAAUCAAUGGGUACAUUUAGUGGGUGAUAAAAACCUGUUGGAUAAAGAUCCUCAAAAGGUCUACACAAGUAACAGAGUUUGCUCCAUUCAUUUCAAAGCAGAAGAUUUUGGUCCUAAUAAUCGACUAAAAACAGGAGUUUUGCCAUCCAUCAAUCUGCCAGCCUCUUUGGGUGAGAUACAUUUACCCCAGACAGAAAGGCCUCUACUAAAGGACAUACAAAAUGUCAUGUCCAGCUGUAGUUUCAGUGUGUCUCCAGGCACAAAUUAUUUAUUAAACAUUGAUACUUGUCCUGGAACUAGUAAUCAAACUCCAAAACACAAACCUGCUCCUCUAGUUAAUGAUGGUAUUAUUGAUGAUCAUGAUGUUAAUGAAGAUGAUGUUCAUCUAGAUAAAACUAUUGUUGUUCGGGUUCCAUAUCAGAAUAUGAGCCGCAAAAUACAAAAAAAAUCUGAUGAUAUUGAGAAGCAUCAUGAAAUCCAAAAAAGUGAAAUUAUGAACAUCUCAAAAAAUGCUAUGGAAAUGGUUUCACUGUCUGAAAACAGAUUAAUACACUUUGAAAAAACGCAGGAAAAACGUUUGGAAUGGAAUGGGCCUUUGCAACAAGUAGAAAAAGAACAUGGCGAACCUCUCAGCACAGAUCUAAAUAAAUAUGAGAAUACCACCAAUAUGCAGGAAAAUGAAACGUCCGAUAAAGAAAACAUUUCAAUCAGUAUUACAAAAGAACAAUUGGAGCAAAAAUGUCGGACUUGCUUUAUUAGAAAUGGAACAAUUAACGUAUUUACUAAAUACCACGAAGGAAUCUUAUUUCGUGAUUUAUUGCAAAAAUUUUCUUUAGCUGAGAUUCAUCAGUCCGAUGGUUUACCACAAAGAAUUUGCACUUAUUGCUCAAGCUUUAUUAUAAAUUUAUGCUCAUUUAAAAAGGAGAUCGAUAAAUCCUUAAUAAAACUUAAGGCUGCCAUUCGACAGUUAGAUAAUCAAAAUAUACCGGAAUCUCAAUGCGAGGGAAGUAAUAAAUCCAAAGCGGCCCUUCGACAGUUAGAUAAUCUAAAUAUAUCGGAAUCGCAAUGUGAGGAAAGCGAUGAUUGCGAGGGAAGUAAUAAAUCCAAAGCGGCCCUUCGACAGGUAGAUAAUCUAAAUAUAUCGGAAUCGCAAUGUGAGGAAAGCGAUGAUUCCAAAGUACCGCGUAAUGUAUAUAAAGUCGUGGAAAACCUGAAAAUACAAGUUUAUGUUGAGGGUGAAGAAGACAACGAAAGUAAGAAUGAAAUAAUCCAACAAAUUAUUGUAGCUCCGAGUCAAGGUAAUAAUAAAAAUGAAUAUAUUAACAAAGAUAGGAUUGCAUUAGAAGAAAGUCGUUUUGAUGCGCCCAAUGCAGAUUAUGGAAGUCACGAUAAUUUCAGGAGCCUUUUAAAUAAUAUCAGCAAUAUACAGCGAAAAUAUUUGAGAACACGAAAACUUUUAAUGUCACAAAAUUUAAAACGAAGUAAUACUAGUGUUCUUUUAGAUCAUAAUUAUAUAAAAAGUGUUGACAGGAACAAUGACAACACAAACAAAAAACGUGGAAAAGAAAAAAAGAAGGAAACGCUUUGUCCGUGUUGUAAAAAAGGACAAAAGUUUAGAAUACACAAGUUUUUAAACCGACAGAUAUGUUUUGAUAAAUAUUCUCAUUGUGAUAAAUACACUUGUACAUAUUGUCACAGCAAACAUUCAUUAUGGUUAAAAUAUGGAACCCACAAUAGGGGCAAACAUCGAAACAAACAUUUUUAUGCAUAA